AUGGAAGGAGAUUGGCGAAGCAGUCUGCUAACUGCUACAGUGCCUGGAGAUUACCUUCUGGGAAGAUCUGGCUGCACAAGAACACCCCAGAGGUCUGGGAGGCAGCUUCACAGGCUAUAGGCUAAACGAGGGCCACAGAGUCCAACCCUAGCAAUGAGAUAACAAGGGUGACAACGUCUAACCCCAUAAGGCAGCACCACUAGUCGGGCAAGGGAAGAUAUAGGCUGAAGCUAUAGAAAGCUACGACGUUAAGAUACAGAAUAUAAAUGUAGAAAAGCAAACCACGUCAGCGAACCUUCAAAGUGCGGUUGCAGGAAGGUUAUAUGUUACUGGUUAUAUGUUUGACUGUUGAAACUUGGUCUUGUGACUACCAAUGCCAAUCUCACUAUACAACUACGAUGGGAGAAGCAGAUCGGGAAUUGGGAGUGUAGACUAGUCCCACACUCGAGAUGCCACCAAACCUGAGGUACAGAGAUAACACACACUGAGACACGAAACCUCAAGCACGCAUGGCAAGGACGGGACACGGUUAGGGUAUAAAGAAUUGGUCGAGCUCUUGGCUCCGAACCAUAUAGGACUUUAUAGGUACCACACCUCUUGUCUCCAGACACGGAAGGGCUAGCCAACAGUUGUAGUACAAAGUUCAAACCCACUCCACGACCCCUAGAGGCUACGCGGAAUAGUAGCCACACCCGAAUUUGGGUAUUAGUAGUGACGACUACCAAUAUGCUCUCUCCCAGUUACUCCCCCUUACCCCUUAACCCGCUAUUCACUAUCCUAGCCACCAAAGUCAAACGACUCAAGACAGCCCAUAACCACGACCACGAACAACCAUACCCUGAACGAGGAAAUCCCGAGCCCAAGGGGAAGCCAAAUAUAAAGUUUAGUCUCCCGGUGAAUGCUACACUGAAGCGCAACACAAAUAUAACUCCAGUGACAGACAGCUAUUACCCACUGAAACCACAACAUGAAAAUAUACUCACAUAACGUAAAAGGUCUAAACACCCCGUACAAGCGCCACUGCCUCUUUAGGGACUUGAAACAAGAACAAGCAGAGAUAAUAUGCCUCCAGGAAACACAUUUUAAAACAAACCCAACCUUAAGACUAGACUUAUUCCCUCACCAAUUCCACGCCACAACAGGACACAAAUCCAAAGGAGUGUCAAUACUCAUUAGCAACAAAGUCGCAUUCACACACCACGACUCCUAUAUCGACCCUUUGGGCAGACACAUAAUAUUAGUAUGCACCAUAAAUAACACCCUAUACACCAUAGUCUCCAUCUACGCACCAAAUACAGACCAAAGAAAUUUCCUUCACAAGUUGUUAACUAAAAUAACACAACUACAGAAAGGCAUGUUGAUCUUAUGUGGUGAUUUCAAUCACAUUACAGACCCAAAGCUAGAUUCCACAGCGCAACUUAGCUCCAAACCCAGAUCAAAACAGACUCAAGCGUGCACAAAAUAUCAGAAACUAUUAGAGGACCAUCAACUAUACGAUUCGUGGAGAGUACUUCAUCCACAGUUAAAAGACUACACGUACUACUCUGCACCGCACAAAACGUACACGCGGAUAGACAGAUUCCAUACCCACAGACAACAUCUAGACCAGAUACUAGACUGCAAUAUCCACACGAUCAGCUGGUCAGACCAUGCAGCAACAACACUAACGAUCAAAGACCAAUACGACUUCAAGCACAAAAGCCCAUGGAGACUACUACACAACCCGACGAUCAUUCAACACCUAGAGGAAGAAAUCACACAAUAUUUUAACGUGAACAAUACAGAGCACACUAACAUAGACAUGAUAUGGCAGGCGCACAAACCAGUCAUUAGAGGCUUGCUGAUUCAAACAGCAGCAAGGACCAAGCGUGCCACCCAGGCACAAUGGAUAACAUGGAACACUCAACUGUCGGAUCUCACCGCCAAACACAAAACAUCCCCGACAGUAUCACUGCACACCCAAAUCAAGUACUUACAGGACAAAAUUAAAGAACACACACUACAAAGAGUGAGCUACAACUUACAUAGACUUAAACAACAACAAUAUACACAAGGCAACAAAGCGAGCAAAUUACUAGCAGCUAGACUCAAAAGCAGAACAACUAACAGCAGAAUACAAUACAUCAUAGACCAGAAUAACAAAAAACUCAUCUCCCCGGUGGAGAUAAGCAACGCAUUCGCCUCCUACUACGAAAAAUUAUAUAAUUUAGAGACCUCGGACCAAUUAAAACAAAGGGAUGAAGAUAUACAUGCAUAUCUAGCAAACACACAACUACCGACACUAUCACCCUCCCAGAUGGCAGAAUUAACAGCCCCCGUGACGACACAUGAGGUAGGAGCUGUGAUAAAAGCACUGCCGAAAAAUAAAGCACCGGGCCCCGACGGCUUCACUAACCUGUACUACCAGAAAUUCCAACACAUUUUAUCACCUUACCUUGCGCAACUAUUUAACUAUGCCACCCAAACUAGCACACUUCCCAAGGAAUUACUCACGGCACAUGUUAUUACUCUCCCCAAACCAGGCAAACCACCAACUCACUGCCCCAACUUCCGUCCGAUAUCACUCCUCAACACCGACGCUAAAUUAUAUGCCAAGGUCCAUGCACAAAGACUGAGCCGCAUACUACCUCACCUGAUCCACACAGACCAGGUGGGCUUCGUAGCUGGAAGGCAGGGAUCAGACAACACACGCAAAGUACUGGACCUGUUGCACAGCAUGAGGAGGGGGGGAAUCGGGGGCCUUCUGGUGUCCUUGGACGCGGAGAAGGCCUUCGAUCGCCUUAGUUGGUCUUUUCUGCAGGCAGUGCUACACAAAUUCUCAUUCCCACAACAAUUCAUCAACGUGAUUAGAGCCCUAUACAACAAGCCCACAGCCAAAGUCGUGACAGCCGGGUUCUGCUCAGAACCCUUUAAGAUCACAAACGGGACGAGACAAGGCUGCCCAAUGUCGCCUAUGCUAUAUGUCUUAGCAUUAGAACCACUAGCAGCCAAAAUUAGAGAUGAAAUCUCCAUAAAAGGAGUCACGCUGGGAACCAAGGAAUAUAAACUAAGUAUAUUUGCUGAUGACAUAUUUUUGACACUGACAGAACCAUUUAUUUCACUGCCCAACCUUAUGAAACACAUAGAACAAUACGGGAAAUUCUCCUAUUACAAACUCAACUUAACUAAAACACAGGCUAUGGGGAUAAAUAUCCACAAACAACAAAUGGAAACACUAAAGGAGAAAUUCCCAUUAGACUGGCGUACAGACUUCCUAACAUUCCUAGGCCUCAAAAUCACGAAAAACCCGGUACACCUUUUCAAGCUCAAUUACUUGAGCAUUUUAUCGAACUUUAAAGACACCCUAAAAACCUGGGAAGGAAAAUACAUAUCCUGGGUAGGCCGUAUAACGGCAGUAAAAAUGACGCUCCUACCUAAACUCCAAUAUCUCUAUAGAACUUUACAAAUUCCACUGCCCAAGAGCUUCUUUCUCACGACCCAAAACUUACUCCUCAGAUUCGUGUGGCAAAACAAAAAGAUUAGAAUAGCCACCAAGAUUAUACAAAGAGAGGUGAAUAAAGGCGGUCUUGGGUUCCCCGACAUACAAUCUUAUUACACUGCAGCAAUCCUCCAUACAAUAUCACAGCUUAUACCACGACCAGACCAACCACAAUGGCUGGAAGUAGAAUCCUAUUGGGCCCACCAUACCACAAUCUAUUCAUACUUAUGGACCCCGAAACACUGCAGACACACGACACAGCAUCUACUCCCCACAUCCCAAUUAUUACUAGAAAUAUGGGACUCCGUACAGAAAAAAGUGACGGCCUACCAACCCAUACCCCUAGCGACUCCAAUGGAGGUGCUGUCCAGGAUCAUACCAACACUAAAUCCAAAAAGUUGGUUAGAGCAUGACAUUAAACUCAUUGAACAGCUAUAUGAUGGGGGGAAAUUCAUGCAAUUCCCGGAACUACAAACCAUGUAUAACCUCCCCAGCAAGAUGCUGUUUCCGUACCUGCAACUUAAGUCAUGCCUACAACACACCCGACCCCAAACACUACACGACGAACUUCUCCAGAAAUUAUCUACCUUUGAAAAAAUUUGCACAAACACAUUACCCCCCAAAAAAGUGUUAUCACUGUGCUAUAAAGCCUUGAUCCAUUCCCAGACUAACAUUAAAACCACGUACAAACAUGCCUGGCACAAAGAACUGAACCGCACAAUCAGUGAGGAACACUGGACAAAAGCAUACUCAUCACACAAAGGCAUCACGUCAUGCACUAACCACUUAGAACUCCAAAGGAAAAUUUUAUAUCGCUGGUACCUGGUACCAGAGAGGAUUCAUAAAAUAUGGCCACAAUCCUCCACGAAUCAAUGCUGGAGGUGCAAGCAACAGGUGGGAACGAUGUUACACACAUGGUGGUCCUGUGAUAACAUACAACCAUUCUGGCGCAAGGUGGGACAUCUCAUUCAACAAAUAACGAACACUAACGUAGAGCCCACGAUAGAGAUGUGUCUCCUAUACAUACCGCCAGAAGAAUUAACUAGGGUUCAAUGGGCAGUCACAUACCACAUUUUAAUAUCAGCUGCAUUAGUGAUAGCUAGAUCAUGGAAAUCACCUACUACACCGAACUUCAGUACCCUCCUUACCCAAAUCAACACCAACUGGCAGUACGAAUCAAUGCUGGUACAACAAAGAGGCCUAAAUAAAACAAUGGCAAAAGCCAACUUGGUCUGGAAAGAAUACUGGAAGGCGAACAAAGAUGUUCAUACCUCACCACACCCCAAAUAACUCACCUGUAACCACAACAACCACGGAUAUACUUAAUGGGGCACCAAAACAGUUUAGAGCCACACCAUGGCCCAAGAAAAGAGUUGGCCCCCAAUAUCCAACUCUGACGAGCAAGAGACAUAGCAAAUAAUACCACGACAUAACCCAAGGAAUAGGAGGAGCAGUGGGGAGGUGUCUGACACAAUUCACCAGUAGCGGGAGGUAGACCAGCCAAACAUAGGCACACUCCGGGAGAACAGUAACUAAAAACCAACAGGAAACGAGUCAGGGAACACUCAGGACGCUAUUGCCCAACAAGAUAUACAGGACCCUCUGAACAGGGUAAAUGCGGGUGGCAAACCCUCUCACCCUCCCCCCCCCGGCCCCCCCCAGCCAUCCUACCACACAGGAGCAAUAUUGAUACUACAAUAUAUGUAUGAUGUUACUGACAAUGCUGUACAAUGUGGUUAACCCCUCACUUCCCCUCUUCUUUCUGUACCCCGAAUUCUGUGAAAAUAAAAAUUGUCAAAUUGAAAAAAAAAAAAAAAAUGCCCCCAAAAAAAAAUGUUUGGAUACAUAGUGGUUUAAGUAUCCAUUUUUGAUAUUUCUGCAGUGUUCACUUAGUCUAAUUUUCAAGCACUUUGUGGUCAUUCCAACAUACUGGAGGCCAUAUGGGCAUUCAAGCAGAUAGAUCACAUUUUUAGUAUUACAACUUAUAAAUUCCUUAACUUUGUAAGUUGUUUUAAAUGGAUACUUAAACCACUCUGUAUCCAAACAUUUUUUAAAUUACAACAAAGAGCCUAAAAUGUUAAAAUGUAUGGGGAUAAAAAAAUGCACCUUACCCUGGAGGGGAGGUGAUAUGAAAAAUAUCCUAGUAAAAACAGAAAUGGAAUGGGUCUAUAGGUUACAGACCCUUGCACCUCAAGGUCUAAAUUCAGGCUUUGAUCUGUGUAAUUUUCUAUGACUACGUACAUUAUUUGUUACAAUUCUGUUAAGGUACUCUUUAUUUUUCCUUCUCUCUUAAAUAUAUGUUUUAUAUUUUAAUCUUUUAAGUGACACACCAUAUGUUCUUAAGAUAUAUAUUUUAUUUUCAUCCCUUUCUCAGUUGCAUUUUCAUUCUAUUACAUAAUGUUUUUUAUUCAUAUAUACUAAUAUUGGGGCACAAUUUAGAUCAUUUACUUCUAUUUUUCAUCUCCUUUUAUCUAUUUUUAAUUUAUUUAACCGGCAUGUAUUUAGUUACUGCCGUUUGAUAUAUAUCUUUUGGUCCCCUCUACUACCUGUAUUUGAGCCUCCAAGGAGUGAGAGCGACUGACUAUUGUCAGUUUUAAGCCAGACUCUCGCCGCUCCUCCCACAUGCACGGUGACCGGCAUGACUACAUUUCCCAAGGAGUUUAGCUCCAACAUGCCACGUGUUGCUGGGAGUGGUCUACUACCCUUACGAGCGAGCAAUCCGCCGCUUGCCGUUAAGUGCCCCGUACUACAUUUCCCAUGUAGCUUUGCCCUAACUAUCCCCAAUCACGUGAUACUUAAAUUUUAUAAAUAUUUCAAUAUUCAAGCCUCGUUUUUAUAUAUAAAUAUAUUAUAUGGUAUACAACAGUCUUGCCUAUAUAACUGCAAAGAUUCAACUUGUUUUAAUUAUGUUUUAAUACUUGUCUGUAAUUGGUGGAACCGCUUUUUGGCUCCAAUUUUAACCACUGUGUAUUCUUAUAAAUACUGUUUCAUGCCAGGUAUAUUGUUCUAUUACCAUUUUGAUAAAGCCUUAAAGGUGAAACACGUUAAUGGUUUUAAAUUGUGUAUUUUAAAACAAUAAAAGUUAUUUUUGGUUACCUUUUUAUAGGACCAAUCUUCUACUUAUUUUAUUGUAUUUUAUAUACACUUUUAUUAACAUUUUUCCUGGCAUUUUAAUUGUAUCCUGAUUCAAGAAAUCCAUAGGUGGCGAUAAUUCCACCAGAGCUGUGUCAAUAGAGCAGUAUUUCCUGCUCUACACUUGUGAGUAUAUUUUAUUUUAUUUUAUCUAUUUUAUUUAUUUUCCAACUGAGAGCACUAUUGCUGUUUUUCAUACAUAUAUUGUGGAGUACGACAGAACCAAAGCCGGACGGAUGGACUCACUUCUCCAGUAUAUCCUUUAGCGGGGAUCAUACCGCUAAGCGCCUUUCAUCCUAGAGCUGGCCUAAGCUCCGCCAAAUGUGAGUGUAUUAUCCUCCUUUUUAUCUAUUUUACCUUUGGAUCUACAAUAUUUCACCAUUGGCAGUUUGUCGUGUUUUUUUAUCUUCACAUAUACGGAUUAUCUACAACCCGGACGGAUCCACUCCUGAGGAUUGUACACAUAACCUAUCCAAAUAUAAGUGAGACGUUUUAUUGAUUAUUAUUGAACAUUUUACUACUUGGAUGGACUUUGUUUUAUUUACUUUUUUCUGUUGUUUCAAUAGAGACUAUAUUACCCAGGCUUACUUAUUACUGUCUAUCCAUUCAGGCCAUUUGGUUUGAUUUCUACGGUACCAAUCUCUGUAUUUUAGCGCAGCCCUUACCUCCUCUUUUUUUAUCUGCUUACACCUCUGUUACUUAGCGCAGACUCUUCCCCCUUGUUUUUUCUUGAAUUUCAAGUGUUGGAAGCAGGGAAAAUGGGCAAGAGAAAAUAUCUCAGUGACUUUGAUGAUGAUGAGAGGGUGAUGGUGUGAGGGAGGGGGAGAUGGGGAUUGGGGGGGGACGACUAUACCUUAAUUCCCUGGUGGUCCAGUGGCCAUAAAUUCCGGUCAGACCAUGAACCUGGCGAGACCCAGUCAGAGCGUUGCCGUGGUAACCCGCGGCAACGCUCUGAUUGCUCAGAUCUCGCGAGACACAUGGUCUGCAGCUCUGCUCACUGCGGAGCUGCAGACCGGUGUCUGCGAUGGGCGCAGGAGGGGCAUCGCACGCUGCGGAAUAUUAAGCAAGCCGCCAGGCCCCCUUCUGGUGUUGGGUCAGACACAGUUUGCCCAGGGUACCCCCCUAGUGAGUGGCACCCUGGGCAGACUGCCCCCGCCCACCCCCCUCUCAGUACGCCACUGUUCCAAUUACUCCUUCACACCAGCACAUAUGUAUACACGACUGCCAGGCUAUGCAACCAUACCAACAAUCAUGUUGAAAAGUAAUUAUUUUUUAUUGCAAACUAAUUUUGUUUACAAAUGAUGCCAUAACUACAGAGAGCUCACAAUGCAGCGACAAUGCAAGCCUCUGAACAAUGAAUACAGACACCAGCUCUCUGUAUCCAGCGCUGCAAGUCUGCCCUUCAAUAUAACUACAGCUCCUUAUACACACACGUGUAAAAACAGAAAACUGAGUCACUGAUAGAGUUGUAUAAGUGAAAAAGGAGCUAAUAUGGUGAACCUCACAACAACACUAAACAAAAUAAAACAAAUACUUAUACAGAGUAUAAGGGACACACACACUGCAACCCAUAUUUAUUUUUUCACUAUGGGUGUUAAUGGGGGCCUUAUGUUAGAAUUCUUCCUAAGGCCUCGCAAAGUCUAUAGUCGCCACAGCCUUAAGCGUACAUUAUGGCUUGCAGUGGUAGGUAACUUUUAAGACCUGGCUAGUAGCAUGGUACUAGUCAUUUUAAGUAUUAUUAUUGGUAUUUAUAUAGCGCCAACUAAUUCCACAGCGCUUUACAAUAUUAUUAUUGGGGGGGAAUUUACAAUACAUGAGACAAUUACACAGUGACACAGGAACAAUAUGUAGAUGAGGGCCCUGCUCAAACGAGCUUACAGUCUAGAGGAGGUGGGGUACAAAUACACUACAGGGCAGCAAAGGUGACAGCCACCAAACAAAGUGGAAAAGAGAGGAGUAUGGCUCUUUAGGAGAGCAAGAGACAGAUAUGGAUAGGUAUAGAUAAGUUACUCUGGGAGUUCAUAAGCAUUUCUGAACGGAUGUGUUUUGAGGGACUUUACAAUUGAAGACUAGUGGAGAGUCUGAUGGAGGUAGGCAGACUAUUCCAAAGGAAGGCAGCCGCAAGCGAGAAGUCCUGCAAGUGUGAGUUAGCAGUAAGGGUGCAAGCAGCAGACAGAAGGUCACCGGAAGAGCGGAGAGACCGAGAAGGGGCAUAUCUAUGAAUCAGUAUAGAAAUGUAACAGAAGCUAGAGUUGGUUCGCGCUUUAUAGAUAAGGGUUAUUAUUUUAAAUUGACACCUAUAGGGUACAGGAAGCCAUUGUAGGGAUCGACUGAUGGGUGAGGUAUGGGAUGAGCGACGGGUGAGAAAGUACUGCUAUAUUGCCAACAAUGAAUGAUGACUGAGCCCUGUUAUUAUUAUAUUAUUUAUAUAUCGCCAUCAGAUUCCAUAGCGCUGUACAAUGGGUGGACGAACAGACAUGUAAUUGUAACCAGACAACUGGAUGCACAGGAACAGAGAGGUGGCGGGCCCUGCUCAAUGAGCUUACAUGCUAGAGGGAGUGGUUAAAUGACCACUAUAGUGCCAGGAAAACAUACUCGUUUUCCUGGCACUAUAGUGCCCUGAGGGUGCCCCCACCCUCAGGGACCCCCUCCCGUCCGGCUCUGGAAGGGGGAAAGGGUUAAAAAAACUUACCUUUUUUCCAGCGCUGGGCGGGGAGCUCUCCUCCUCCUGGGCUGAAUGCGCACGCGCGGCAAGAGCUGCGCGCGCAUUCAGCCCGUCGCAUAGGAAAGCAUUUACAAUGCUUUCCUAUGGACGCUGGCGUGCACGCAAGCGCCUCUAGUGGCUGUCAAUGAGACAGCCACUAGAGGAUUAGGGGGAAGGCUUAACCCAUUCAUAAACAUAGCAGUUUCUCUGAAACUGCUAUGUUUAUAAAAAAAUGGGUUAACCCUAGAAGGACCUGGCACCCAGGCCACUUCAUUAAGCUGAAGUGGUCUGGGUGCCUAGAGUGGUCCUUUAACUGUUAAUAGAGUAUCAGGAAAUGGGUUUCUGUUAUUACUCCCUCACAGAGAUAGAGCUUGGUGGGCUAUGUGACAUGAUGACUCCACCAGGGACAGCACUCCCCAUGGCCACCACCAAACAGUGUCACCUUGGGAAAUCACUGCACAAAAGGUAAAGCCCCCACAAGACACAGUGCCAUUGGAAGAAGUAUUAUUUGUGAUCCCAGCAUACAGCACACUGUGUGCAGCUCUCUAAUUAAUGUACUCCCAUAUCUCAAGACUUUAGUUCACACAUGGGUAAUUUAUUGCAAAAACAAACUAGAUUUACAGUGAGCAUCCUCACCAAUGGACUGAACUGUUCCAGCCCUGCUGUGUAUAAUGCAGGAUCCUGAGCUGCCAGUAACCAACACCCUGCACUCCCCCCAGCUCCCUCCGCACCAUCAUCACUACACACAGCAAGAGGACACCAAAAGCAUGGCAGGUUCGGAGUCACGUGCUGCAGUGACGUCACUACACGCUCCACCCUGCUUCGUUUAUAAAUAAGAUGCUCAAGCGGUGGGCGGGGUUAUCAGAUGGUUCGUAGCCGAGUUUAUUACCACCGCGGCCAAUCAACAGCCACAUAACAGCUCUCUCUGACAGUGCAAUAUGAAACGCGGGCUGUGAUUGGCUUGUCAAGGUGUAGUUCGCAAAUAGUACGGUAUUGCCUGUGAGGCAUGUUGUGUGAAUGUCAGUGUGUUAGCCAUCGCUGCGACCUCCAGCGCUGAGCUACAGGGACUGCUACUCCCAUUAACCCUGUGCAUCGCCUGUUCCGAGCCGCAGGUCAGUCACUCCAUGGAUACAUGUAUUAGAUCUCUGACUGCUGCAGGGUGUUCUAAUAUUGGCUGGGAGUUUCUCUUUACACAUUUGACAUAAAUGCUAUGAUCAGAAUGUGUCAAUGAUAUCGGAAAAAUCCACAUUACAUUUUUUUGGCAGAGGGUACUGGGGACACACUCCAAUUAGUCCAGAAUUUGUAUAUUGUAAAUUCUAGUAGAUCUUUGUUGAAAUAUAUUCGUGAAAAUUGACAAAUUCCUUUUAAAGGAAUCAUUUAGACUGAUUUUACAAUUUAUUAUUAGAUUAAUUUCUUGAUUUAUAAUUUAUUUUCUGUUUCAGAGCCACAUCUCAAGCUUGAUUUGGAUAUCUUGCAAACCCUAUCAACCAUUGCGUAACAUAAAAUAUUUGGUCUUGCACUAACCCUUUAAACCAACAUUCCAAGGACCCUAAACGCUACAGAACACUACAGAACUUGUGGUGCCAUGCGUAGACUGUCCCUGUCCCAUGGUAAGAUGUCAAAUCGUUUUAGCAUGGUUCGACAAUUUACAUGGGACACAGUGCCAGCUGCUUCCCCUGCAUUCGGUCUUCUCCAACAUGAGAAUCCUGAUUGAUCUACGUAGCCAAGAAGUGCACUCUUGGUGCAACAUUUGCAACUUUUGUGCUUUAUUCUACCCCAGUAUUUGGCUUCUUCUGCAGGAGCAGACUGGGUGCAGAGGAUGCUGCUGUUUACCUAGGUAGGUUAUCAAACAUUUUGCUAAGUUUGUCAUCUUACUGUGGAAUAACAUGAGGCACUCCUGCCACCAUAGCUACUACAAUGGCUGUAGUGGUUAGGGUGUUUGGAGUGUUUCUUUAAAUAAUAAUUAAAAAAAAUGCUCCUUAUACCCUGUAUUUUGGCUUAAUUACAGACAUGAUACGAAGCAUUUAUGAACAUUUAUUUCUGUAUAUCAAAGAGGUAAUCCAACUAAAAACCUAUAAGGAUAUGGUAUCAACCCCUCAAAAAAAACCAAGAAAGAUAAAAAAAAAAAAAAAGAACUUACCUGCGAUCCAAGGCCAAGUUCUUUUUGCUGCUCCUCCACUAACAUUACUCCCCCCUUAAUGCUGGGAUGGGACCUCGGGGCUUUUUGAUUGAGGGAGAACUUGGGUGGCACAUUUCUUCUCUGUCAAAAGCAUGCUAUGUGUGCUGACGAUGGACAACAAAUAUACACAGAUUAAAUAUAAGCCAUUGUUAUGGACAGAUGAAUUAAAAUAAAAUGGCUAUUUACUAAUGUCUAUUUAUUCUGUGUUCACUAUGUUAAAACUGGCUGCUAGAGUAAAUUUUCCCUUCCCCCCCUACAAUGUGUUCAGUUGCUGUUUCCUAUGUAAAUUCUUCAUCCUGCUAAGCAUCCCCCUUCCCAUCAAGCAAACCUUGUGUAACCAAAAUUCCUGUGUUAACAGCUUCCUUUACUAACUCCUCCCCCACUUCCUUUGUGCCAGUUAACAGCUAUAUGCCACGUGUAACAAAAUGGAGAAUCACUGUUAAAGUAACUGAAAGAAACUACUCACUCCCCCUGUCAUCGUGUAUCCAGGAGCUGGAAUAUAGGCGGGAGAAGUCUGUAAUGAUGACACUACAUCCUGUAGGGGGGGGUUUAGACAAGAGCCCCUUAGACUGUUAACCAAUUGGUGAAUGUAUACUGUAUGUUUAAACUGUGACGUAUUUUUGCUUUAAGAAGGAGCCCCCACUCCGGGGAAUAAAGCAUUCCUGGGUUUUUCACUGAUCAGAAACUUUGUCUCCGGUGUGAAUUACUUCUAGGGAAAGCGUGCACGCAUUAAUCAAUCAAUUUGGAAGGUGUAGAUAGACAAAUUAUCAAAGUUUUCUUUGAUCCAAAACACCAUUAGAUGUCAUGUCGCUGCCAGAGGUGGAGGUACGCCUCUGGCAGCACUGGGCUAUAGCCAGGGCCGGAUUAACAUAAUUAUUUAUUUUACUACUCUUCACAUGCUCUUGCUUAAGUAUGGAAACUUAAGAGGGAUGUAGGGGAACAGAACUUGUAUGAACUGGCUGACAAUGAAAUUUGUUAACGUAAAGCUGACUUUGCGCACUAUGCAAAUGCUCUUGCAGCUUCAGUCUCUCUAACACUGUGGCAUGUUCUCUUUUUUCUACACUCACUACAUACACUUUUUCUCUAUCCCAGACUGUGUAACAAGCUUAUGUCUGCUAGUACGAAGCUUAGGAGAGGAGCGAACCAGCGAGUGCUAGGGUACAGUCCCUGGAAAGAGCUAACUCAUCAAUAGGCACAUUUAUGCCAAGCUCAGGGUGCUGUCUGCACAUAAUGCCCUUGGUUAGUCAUCCUGCACAAUUGGCAGGCAGCCUGAGGUGCAUUCACGCCAUGCUUACCGUCUAAGUCUUUGUGCAGACACCUCCCCUCCCACUUUUUGGGCAUGUUUGUACCUCUAAAUGUUUUUCUGGUUACUUGAUUCACAUCAGUGGCCCACCCUUUUAGCCCUCCCAUCCAAAAUCCUGCUUCAUUGGACACUGCUGUUAGGGGGUAUGGAUUUACAUGAAAUAUGAAAGCGAGAGAUUAGCUAGAUUAUGUUUUCUAAUAGCUAUAUCCUGUGAGUUUCCUUCCAGCACCACCUCCACCAGAUACAAGACACUUGGGAGGUAUGACCAGUGGCGUACACACAAACCAUGGGGCCCCGGAGCGAAAACUGAUCCGUGGCCCCCCCUCUCGGGCGGGGCCGCAACACAUGGCGGCGGGCACCUGGUUGUAGGGCUGCAACCCCUGCGACCUCGGUAUUUACGCCAGUGCAUGCAGAUGCACACACACUUAAAGGACCACUACGACACCCCGAUAACAUCAGCUCAAUGAGGUGGUCUGGGUGCCAGGUCCCUCUAGUUUUAACCCUGUAGCAGAAAACAUAGCAGUUUCAGAGAAACUGCUAUGUUUCACUGAGGGUUAAUCCAGCCUCUAGUGGCUGUGUCAUUGACAGCCGCUAGAGGAGCUUCCACGAUUCUCACUGUGAAAAUCACAGUGAGAAGACGCUGAACGUCCAUAGGUUUGAAUGCGCGCGCGGCUCUUGCCGCGCAUGCGCAUUCGGAGCUGAAAGGCGGAUUGGGGCGGUGAAAGGCUAAACUGAUGACUCGAUCCCUUCUGGUCACGGUUCUCCAACCCUCGAUUGUCACCUGAGCUCAGGGAAGAAUUAUGGAAGCAGAAUAACGAGACAGACACAAGAUUGCUUUCCAAAAGUCUUCUGACAAUGUAUUCAAAAUGUUCUGUACUUAUACAAUAUUUGUCACGAACAUUGGUUACAGAAAGUUACACAAGAUACAUAAAAGAGGAAGUAGUUUCUGCUGUUUCAUUCAAUAAUCUAAUCUUACAAAAUAUCACAUGUACUUUGUGGUUAGGCAUCUCCGGAUAAAUAGAAACUGUCAUAGCCUGUGACGUCAUUUCAGUUAUGUUUUGCAAGCAGUUCUGAAAAGAGCUUGCUACUACAUUUACUAAAUAAUUCACCUUAUACAAUACUAACAGAUUAACUGUUUCAAUUCCUUCACUUUCCCCUCUUUGAGCAAUAUUUUGCUCAUACCCUAUUUAAGGAGUCCUGGUCAGACAACUAGCCAUCUGCCAUGGUAUAUUCAGGAUUGCUAGCCAAUCCUGCAGGUCUUUCAUUAUGUCUUCGGCCACUAUUCCCAUUGCAUAAGACUAGGCAUUCGACCAGUACCAUAAACUUAUAUUCAUCAUAUCAAGCUGGGGAUUUUGCAGGAACAGUGUUGCAUGUAUGUUUGUAAAUGCAGAAUACAAUAGUCUUAAAAAUAGCAUAAACAAGUAGAGCAAGGACCAUAACCAUAACAAUAAUUUUUGCAAAUAGCUGACAUGUUAACCAAUUUUAAACAGACUAACCAGCUACCAGAUACAAUCUGUAUCAUAAACCCUAGGUAAAUAUGGGCAAAGUAUAUUAUUCCCAACAGUUGUUUUCCUCCUUCAUCCACGGAAGUGGGCGCAUAUAGUCAAAGUGGGAAUAAUACCUAUACCCCGUCCAAGGACCUGGGUCUAGGAUUACCAGUCCACCCGAUGAUCUGGGGCCAGGCAAAAAACCCAGUGGCAAAAACUCAUAUUUGAGGAAAAAGCACAUCUAGGGAAAACCUGAGUGGGGGCCGCGAUCGUGUUAGACAUGCAAUCCCCUCACAGUUGACACCACUUAUGACUUAUAAUACCCGCACCUGUGCGUACAUAGCUCGGGUAUUGGGAGGAAUUGAGAAACACUUCUUACAUUUUAAUUUAUGAGAUAAAUUAUAAUCUAUCUGAAAUUCUGACAAUAAUCACAACCAGGACCUUGCGUCCUAUAUCUUUUACCCUUUUCGCUAUUCCAAAGGUCCAAUCAAAACCAGUCAUAUCCUCACGCAGUUCCUCAAAACAUGGGAAUCCAUCUAUGGCACACUCAAGAUAUAUCAAAAACACACAUAGUACAUCCAUCCCUGGGUCAGCUAACACUUCCUCUCUCUCCGGCUAACUCUACAAAAAUAAAAAUAGUUCAACAGUUCAGCAUAGUUCAGAAAAAUAGAAUAAGUCUUUCACAGAGUAUAAAGAAAUCAGUUUAGACACCAGACAUUUUGUUCCAUAAAAUGGCUAAGGGUAGCAAUAUGGCUGACAACAAGACAAUGUCAGCUUCCACAUAGUUCUUUUGUUUGCUGGAUUUUCACCACAAUGCUCUGUGCAACACCUCAAUGGUUGAAAGGGUUAUUACAGAACCAGCGGUAUUAGACAGCAGUGCACCUUCAGGACUUUCCAGUUUCUUGCGUGCAAAGUUUAUGUCCUCAUAAAUAAGUAUCUCAGUUUCCUCGGCCUGCAUGGAUAAUGACCAAACAGAUGUAAUUGCAAAAUACUUAUUGCAUGGUUAGCCAGAGAGAUUGGUGUGUAGUCCCAGAAAUCAGGCGGCAAACACUCCAGGACGGUCUCUACAAUCAUACAAACACAAGGAUCAAUACAGCAUCAAUUAAUUAAUUACCUAGGCUAAAAUUUAAAUUAGAGAUUAAGGUUAAACCCUUAAUUUGUGUUACACAAAGUAAUUUGUGUAACAUGUAUUUCUCUUACAUUUGCUUAUAUUUUAUGCAAUCUGUCUUCUAUGAAGUUUUACAUAAUAUCCCUUUGGAAUGCCUUUGUACGGAUGAGAGAAGCAUGCACUCUAUAGAAAUGCUUGUUAGGAUGAAUAUUAAAACACUAACAUAUACAUAUGGGGAUAAUUCACAAUAAAACUCUGUUCCUAAACUUGAACCUUGAUUUGAUACUCAAAAUUAAUUACUUUAACAAUCCCGAAUAAUUCAAUACUCUUGGAUUAACACCGGGCGGGCGCUAGGGAGCACUCUCCCCUGAGUGCUUCCUCUUCAGCUCCCUCGUGCGCCGCGUACUGAUGCCGGAGCUUGAAGAUGGCUUUAUAUUCCGGCUCCGGUAUCAGUGCGGUGUGCGAGGGAGCUGAAGCACUCAGGGGAGAGUGCUAACUCGCGCGCCCGCCAAUCUUGUCCGCCAGGUGACACCAGGGCCAGCCUCGGGGGGCCCUGAGGUGGCCGGCUCUUGGGCCCCCCAGGAGAAGAGGCUGGCCACAGUGGGUACAUACUGGGUCGCAGGGAGGCUGGGCCCCCUAGUGGGCCGGGGCCAGUCGCAGCUGCGACCCCGGUAUGUACGCCACUGGGUAUGACUGUGUUUUCUGUCGAUAAGAUUCUAUAAUUAGGCACAUCAUAAUUGUCAGCACCAGGCCCAAUGGGCUCUUAAUCCGGCCCUGGCUUUAGCUCUCUAUGUGCAGUGUUUCAACUGAAACGCUUCACAACCAGACAUGACCACUUCGAAUGAUUGUUGAGUGGUCAUGGUGCAUGGAGUAACCUUCAAAUUUUCAUAAGUGAUAAAAUAGAAAAGAAUGGCGAGAGCACUCAAUACAGAAUAAUAAUAUUACCCACUGAUUUGUAAAUUUAUAAAUCAGUAGGAACUCAAUUAUUCUGUAUUGAGUGCUCUCACCAUUCUUUUCUAUUUUAUCACUUGUGUUUAUUUUAGUGGUUAUUGUGGCCCACUAAGCUGAUUGUAGCACCAGUGAUGGUUCAUUAUUUUUUCACAGUGUGUUUUGUUUUUCAUUUUAAAUUUUCAUGAAUUGCUUUCCUGCUCCUUUAUCUCAUUUGUGAUACUUUUGCAGCCUGCUAUUACAAAAGAAUAAAAUCACUUUGGAAAAUAGGCACUAUUCAGCAGCAAUUUAUCAGUAUUUUCUUUGCACUGUUUCUUUCUGUGUUUUUCAUACACAUACCACAGUGUUGGUAAGGAUUUCUCACACAUCAUAUAUGCAGUUGCAGAAAAAUCAAAACACUUUCACUACAUGGUACAGAGUUACCUCCACAUUGCGUCCUAUAUUCUGAAAACUGCGGUAUAUUACAUUGUGAGUGCGAUUUAUUGAAUUUGCAGGAUGAGGAGACCGUAGCAUCUUUUAACGAGGUUCUAGUUGGUCUCAACGGCAAUAUUAAAUAAAAUAUAGGUAGCCAUUGUUUCUUGACACCUACUUUAGGGCACCUGCUGUCCUUUUUGUUGGGCAUUAUCAUAUAAACUCAUAUUAGGUUUAAGCAGAGUUGAUUGGCUAAGAGCCAUCAGCUGACACUCGGCUCGGCCACUGACAAACCAGCUCAGACUUGAUGGCUGCCUAACACUGCGUAAUAUAGUAAUUAUGGAGCCUAGAGCAGUGUUUCCCAACCCAGUCCUCAAGGCACACCUACCAGUCCAGGAUUUAGGGAUUACCCAGUUGUGUCUAAGGUGUUUUUUUUCUUCUUUGUAAAAACACCUUAGACACAACUGGGUAAUCCCUAAAUCCUGGACUGGUAGGUGUGCCUUGAGGACUGGGUUGGGAAACACUGGCCUAGAGUGUCUGCUUAAAUUAAUACUUUAUUCUUACUUGAGAAAGACACUGCAUGCAGCCAAACAAUUUUCUUGAGAGCCAGGGUGCAGCUGGACCAGGUGUCACAUGUUCAUCCUCACCUUGUGGUGUACUUUAAUGACAAAUGUCUUUCUGGCAUUAACAGAGUUGCUACUCAGCAGCCCUGUGCCGGUGUAUCUGACUCCUGCGGCAUGUUGAAGGAUGCUGGCCGCUGCGGAUCCAUUCUCAUUUAUAACCCCACGUCCGACCAUGGUAUUGACGACGUCGGCGUACCUGUGAUGUCACGCAAAGGACGCGCAUGCACGUUCUGGGGUCAAAGGCCAGGUACAGCCAAUCAGAUCUGAAAGAGGCUUUUUAAAACUCCUUUUUCCUUUUCCUCAUUGCCCUGUCAUGGUUUCCUUUAGUAGCUUAUCCAAGAGUGUGUUCCUGAGCGUUUAUUUCUGUUUUUUGACUUUGGCUUCAUUUGACUUCCCUGUAUUCUGGUAUCCUUGACUUUUGGCUUUCCCUCAUUGUUGUGUCUCAUUCUGUGUCCCUGACCUCGUCAAGUAUUCUGACUAUUCUCUGGUACGUUAAGUCCGGCCAUUCUAAGGUCUAUUAAGAUGUUACCUCUAGUCCUAGGUCUGGUACAGUUUUGUGUCUGGAUCAACUAGUAUCCUGACACCAGGACCCAGCACCCAGAUCCCAAUAAUAUAGGAAAAAACGAAAAAGGUCCAGGCACUUCCAAGGUUCUUUUAGUGGCAAUUUUUAUUGGAAACCAGUAACACAGAACAACUAUUCGACCUAAUAGGUCUUUCUUAAGUUAAUAAACACAACCAAAGAAUUGCUUUUUAUAGUAGUACAAGUGAUUAAAAACAUGCAUAACAUAUGUGACAUGAUUAAAGUGAAGCAUUGCGUACUCAACACAUUGUUAAAUUAUUAUCCAAAUAUUGUUAAACACAUGCAAGACUUACUCAAUAUAGAUGUAGGCUGGUAUGAAUGAGUACUGACCUCCAAUAGCUAGCCAAAAAUAAUUAAUGUAAUCCUAAGAAUUGCUGGUAAACCAGCUGAUUAGUAAUAAAAAUAAUCAAUGUAAAUAAAUUGAAAUUGGAAAACACCCCAUAUGUGUAAAAAGGGGGGGAUGCAACCUCACUUAUCAAAGAAAUUAUAAAAGUAGUAAAAGGGAAAAAAUAUUAACAAUAUCGGACCAAAAAAUUAGAGAAUGGUCUCUCUUACAAUAUGUAUUACACUACGACCAUUGAGUCCAAAAAGUGCUUGCCGAGUAACCAGAAAUGAGAAUGGUGUAUCCAUCACCAACAACAGCACACCAACUUGUGAAUACUCUGUAAUAAAUGGAAGAAAAGAACAUGUAUUAAAGCGGCACUGUCAUGGCCGAAUCCUGUUUUUUUUUUUUUUUUACCCCCCCUCAAGACUCCACUACAUCUAACUGACCUCCUAGUCACCCCCAAAUGCCUCUAAGCCCCCCAUAUUACCUAUUUUUAAACUUUAUUUUCUGCCCUGAUCUAUAUUCAGGGCGCAACAAUCUGUGUGGGUAGAGGAAGUCCCUGUGGGACACCUCAUCUGCCCACACUAGAUAGCGCUGUGAGAUUCCCGCACAUGCCCAGUUAAACACUUGGGCAUGCGAACGGGAAUUUCAUUUAUUCGUCAGAAAGACGAAUGACUAGAAAUUUCAGACGAACAAACAAACACUGAAUAUCAGUGUUUGUUUGUUCGUUCAGUUUAUUACAAGGAGGGAGCUACCAGCGCACAGCUCCCUCCUUGUAAUAUGUUAAGAUAGAAGUGGCAGGGAGCAGUGCUCCCUGCCAUUUCCUAAGCCCCCCGUGUCCUCCCUCACUCCAUGGGGGUCAAUAUGACCCCCAUAAUAGCAUAAGGGAGAUUAAAAUCUCCCAAAUGCCCCUACUCGCUAUACCAUAGCAGGGCAUGUCUACUAAAAAAAAAACCCUACUAUCCGCCCGGCCCCCACCCCGCGGCAGGUGGGGGCCCUAAAUAACAAUAAGAAUAAGAAUGUGGGGGGGACCUACUGUCCUCCCCCUUGGCCCCCACCCCAGCACGGCGGGUGGGGCCCUAAAUAAGAAUGUGGGGGGGACCUACUGUCCUCCCCCCGGCCCCCACCCCUGAGCGGCGGGUGUGGGCCCUAAAUAAGAAUGUGGGGGGAUCUAUAAUUGUUUUGAUUUCAAAUGAAGAUGUACUAAAACGCGAAAUUAAUUUUAGCCUUUUUUCUGUAUCUUGUCUUUGCUUAGGAGAGAACAUCUUUUGUCUAUCCAGUUCUUGAACAGAGACCAAUUGGUUUUGUAAAAGGGUCGUAGGGUACCCAUUAGCCAUGAAUCUUUUAGUCUUGGUGAAUUUGAUUGUACCAGAACAUUCAUUAAAGAAGCUAAAAAAUUCUUCCAAGGGUUCCAAUGGGCCAUCCCACAACACUAGCACAUCAUCUAUAUAUUGCCACCAAUUCCUCACAUAUUUUUUAAACAAUUCGUUCUUAUAGAUGAUAUCUUCUAAUUGAGCGAUAUAGAUGCCAGCGUAUGUGGGUGCCACAUUGGAACCCAUGGAAGAGUCCCCCUGGUCUGAAUAAAAAAUUCCUCACCAAACAGGAAGUAGUUUUCCAUUAUAACCAAUCUUAGAAGUUGUAAUAAAAAUAAAAGAGGAACCCCUUCGAAGCCCAGUGAUUGAAAUGCAAAACUCUUACCUCCUUCUUGGGAGAUUGAGGUAUACAGACUGGUACCAUCAAACGUAUCUAGCAGUAUAUCUUCAACAUCACUUAAUAUCCCCAAUUUCUGGAGCCCAUCCGUAGUAUCUUUUACAUAAGAUUUGAUUUUCGGUAUAAACGGUCUGAUCAGCUAAUCCAAAACUUUCGCCAACAGAGAUAAUAAAAAUCCUAUUCCAUCUACCUGGUGGAUUGACCAGUAAUUUAUGUAUUUUAGGUAAUACAUAAAUCACUGGUACAACGGUUGGGGGCACAGUGAGAAGUCUGUUUAAAUAUGCAAAACAGGUGUUGUCUCAAGCACAAUAUAUAGAGGAUGCAACUGUGAAUCUACAAAAAAAAAGUGUAAUACAGUAGAGCACAUUAAUAUGGCCCAUACAGAAAUAUACUCACUAGAUUGUAGAUGGUAAAAGCGCCUUAAGGUGCCUGCCUUUAGAAUCCUGGGGACCUGUCCAAGUCUCUUCCACUUCUGGCUGCAGUCUCUACAUGCAAAGGAAAGCCAGACUCCUAAUUUCUUCAGAAAGGUAGAUAUUUAUUUAUAUAAACAAGUAUAAAUAAAAAUCAAAUACAUAAAAAUGGGUGGUUCUACGUGUUUGGGCCCUAAGUGGGACUUCUUCAGGGGCCCAAAAAGUGAAGCAAUAUAAAAUCAUAUUAAAAGAUAAUAUACUAUUAUAAACAAUUUACCAAAAGGAAAAAAGGCAGAAUACAUUCCUACCCCCCAUGCCCAUGAUGCUUUAGAGCAAGCAUGUCAAACUCAAAGUCUAGCACGGGCCAAAUAAACAAGGUUUAAGUUUAUGUGGGCCGCACAAAAACCCAAAACUUUUUUCAUUUUCAUAGAAACGUAGGUUUAUUUUGAAAAGUACAGUAUAAAAAAAACCCAGCAUCCCCCUCUACUAAAUCCCAGUCCCCCUCACCCCCUCUAAUAAAUCCCAGCACCCCCAACAAGCAGACUCCACUCACAUUGCUGCUGCCAGUAUGCGACUCCGGAGUCCGGCCUCUGGUAUACCCCAAAUGCUGCGGCUCCUCCCUCUACUUUUUGAAACCCUGUGAAGGUGGAGCACAUUGAAGUCACGUCACAUUGUGACGUGGUUUUGCGUGCCUCCGUGCACCUCAAGGUACUACAUCGUCACAACACAGACACACUGACAGACACACACUAACAGACAUACACUCACUGACAGACACACACACACUGACAGACAGACAGACACAAACACUGACACACACACACACAUUAUUAUUAUCGCCAUUUAUAUAGCGCCAACAGAUUCCGUAGCGCUUUACAAUAUUAUGAGAGGGGAGAUUUAACUAUAAAUAGGACAAUUACUAGAAAACUUACAGGAGCGAUAAGUUGAAGAGGACCCUGCUCAAGCGAGGUUACUUUCUAUAGCACAUACUCACUGACACACACCCACACACUCACUGACAGACACACACUCACUCACUCACUGACAGACAGACAGACACACAUUGUUGCACACACUCACUUUGUUCCCUGGGGUCCAUUGGGGAUCUUCUGCCUGGACAUCUCCUUCCUGCUCCUCACUGCUCCCUCGCGCACAGUUUAGUAAUGCCUGCAUCACUACAGAUGGUGCGUGCAAGGGAGCAGUGAGAAGCAGGAAGACUGAGCUCCCUUGAUGCCGCCAUUGUCCUGCUUCCUCUCCUGCCAGGUACAUUUUAGCCGAGUAGGCACAUGCAAUGUGGAGAAAGCAGGUGCUUUAACACCAAGCAUGUAGUUGUAGCUCGCUGGGCUGCAAAGAUGUCCAUUGUGGACCGUGAGUUUGACAUGCUUGCUUUAGAGCUGCUUUGCAUCCUCAGGCACUGGAAACCUGCAGCAUAUGGAAGUCAAGAUGGAUCCAUUGAACACUGCCUGAAGCUAUGUGCAGCAGGUCAGAACAACAAAAGAGUGUUCUACAUGCUUGUCAUGAAGGGGUUGCAUACAUUUGAGACUGGAGAAGUCAUUAUAAGUUGUAUUUUCAAUUGAAUUUGGGGAAACCAUUUGAAGCAUUCAUUGUAUUGAGUUAUCUCAAUUGCUUUUGUUUCAUUUGUUCAUUUCAAACAGCUGAAAGUCUAAAUUUUGAAAGUAAACUUGAUUUUUAAUGGGGGUUGGUAUGUAUGUAUGUAUGUGUAUUACACACAAACACACUUUUGCUCCUGACUUAUAGCUUCAGGUCGCUCACUUACAAGAAGAUAUGUUAGUUUUUAAUUUUAUGCCUGUUUACGGAUUUAAUUCAUGGUUUAAAUUAAGUUUUAAUUUUGUGCAAGAUUUUAAAUUUGCAGGACUCCAAUAUAGCUAGACAAAUCUAUAUACCAACAGACAAACAGAAAAUAACUAUAAUUGUAUAGUAAUGUUUUUCAGAGAUGCCUGUGUUAACAAUGAAAAUAAGUAUUUUUAUGUGCCGGGAAAAACUCUAAUACUGUCAUAUAUUAAUUGUUGUUGCUGCAGUGAUCCAUGCCGCAGCAGAUGUUGUUCCGUUUUGGGGUGGUCAUCACCUUGACCCAUACAGACACAGAGCUCAUGGUUCUUGGAUCACGUAAAGAGAUGGGAGCCUGGGACCCACAAGCUGCUGUACCAAUGAAACCUACACGGUGCCCCCUAUCCACUACAGAACCAUCACUAUGGAUUGGUGAAGUGCUUCUGGAAGAAGCCUACAAAGACCGCUUCUGGUUCAAGUUCAUUAAGAAAGAGGCUGGAAACAUAAUUUGGGAAGGUACAGCUAUGUUAAUCAAAGAUAUUUCACCAUACUGGUAAAGGCGACUUCAUUCCUGUGUAUAUUGGUCUAUUAUACGGAUGACGGUAGUCACCAUCACUGGGAACAUAGGAUGGAUACUUCAAUUAGAUCCCUAAUGACUCUUAUGUUUGUCACCCUGUGCUCAUUGUAGGUGCAGGGUGUAUAAUGUAUGUGUUUUAUGUAUUUAUUGUUAAUUGUUUGUGUGUUCUCCUGUCCUUCUGAUGCUUGAUACCAACUUGGAGGAUUUGGCUAUGGAGCCUGUAUAGCAAGGCUUGUUAAUUUGCAUAUUCAGGUAGAUUUGCAUAUUGCCAAUUCUGCAGGCACGAGAGAUAUUGUGUGUUAAUCAAUAUCUUCCCCACCCUUUUCUAAAUAUGUCAGUGUGUUAUAAUAAGUUGCUGUAUGUUGUCUACUAUGAUUUGGUUAUUUGUAUUUUAUAUAGGUUGUCACAGCAGUCUACAUGUAAUGAGUCUAUGGGCUAGUCCUGAGAAGUUUUUUUUUAUUUCAGUUCCUUUUGGUUUGUUCUGUGUGGAUUUUCAGGGAUCCUAAUGACAGAGUAUUUGGACCUGUUUGCUGGUUGCAUGAUCCCUCUAGCCCUAGGAUAAAUUAAGAGAGCCUGAGAGCCGCAAUUACCUUUGUAAAGGCAAAAACUAUAAUCACUGUAGCAGAGCUGCAGCGGAAUAGUCAGAAAGGACGAUAUCUGCCUGGUUGGGUAUAAAAGCCCAGUCAAGCUUCGGCGACUGGGGCCUAAGCGUUCCAGGGUCCCUGCAAGCGGCUAGGAAGCUGAUUGGGCGGAGGUACUCGGUUGGAAUACUGGAGCUCCAUCACAAUACUGAUCUCAUUAUUUUAUAAAUAGGAUUUGUAGAACAAAAAAGGAGCCAGGUGAUUUGCUUUCCCACAUUUACAUUUUAACAAUAAUAGUAAAAUAAAUUCAUUAUAAAGCCACCUCAAAAUGUUAUAUUACACUUUUAGAAGUGUCCCCAACGACAUCUCUGUGGUGAUGUCAUCCUCCUUCCUUGAGACAUUUGAAUAAGUGACAGCACUUUAGGCAAUGUUGUAGCUAGGGAAUCUCACAGAAACAGGUGCAAAACAGCAUUAACAAAGAAAUACUGUAUUGUUAUUAGCGACAAAUAAUGGUUGUGACGGACCGCCUGGCGCCCCAACCGGGUGCCUCCGUCAAUCGAUGCUCCUAGUGCUCACGAGGGCUCCAAGCACUCCACCAGACACCAUAAACACCGUAGACUCCACGAACUGCCGCAGCUUGGUUGGGGUCUCGCCGUCCUCCACCCACCCUGAACCCAAGACCAGGAUCCAGCUUCCAGUGGGUAGACCUCUCCUACUCCAGAGAGCGUAGCAGGAACAGCUCUUAGCAAAUGUGAUGCAGCAAUCCCCAGAGUGUAUGUUGUUUUCCAAUCCCCCAAACAUGAGCCAAGACUUCAUGAAGGGCCCUGAUCUGACAACAUGUCCGAAAAUCACCCAGAUCAGAGCAAGUCUCUUUUUGACCGACUGCACGCAUUGCUUCAUGCCCAAAACAGUUCCAGAGAAUCAGGCUCUGCGGCCGGUCUAUUUCAAAUAGUUGAAAUACCGUUCGAAUUACCGAACAUAGUUUGGAAGUUCGAAGUGCCACUUCGAAAGUUCGAAGUGUGUCCAUACAAGUUUAAACAGGGCACACACAGUGGUUCUAACCAGGAUUUGACACAGGGGCCAUAGUCACAGGGUAGGAGGCUGGCAAAUAGGCCCCUCCAAAAGCCAGUGGCGAGGUUACUCACGCCACAAUGGUAUUUGUUUGAAAUGGAAUGUUGAAGCAAAAACAAUUAAGAUAAAAAAUAAAAAUAUGUUUAAAUGUUAUUACAGGUGCCGGUCCUCACCAUGAUCGAUGUUCAGAAUAUAAUGAGAGCGACAUAGUGGAUGGAGUUUAUUGCCAUGAAAUUGGGCAUUGGAUUGAAACUACUGGUCAUACUGAUGAGAUGAAGCACACUACUAACUUUUAUUUUCAGUUUGCGGAUAAACAAGGAAUGCACUUCUCCAGGUAAUAUAUUCUCAAAACUUUAAAUAAGAUGAACAUAUCAUACAUAAUUAAUGUGGAUUAAUUUAUUUCUGUUUUAUUAGUAAUGUUAGUAAUAUUAAACCUUUUCAAAGUUAUAUGUGAAGCAAAUUGUAGAAUAGUUUCCACAAUUUUACCUUUAAAUAAAUUGAAUUAACCGACAUCUUGGCAACAAUAUGUGGGAGAAGAAACAGUAGAUAUCCUGCUAAUUUCAGCUAUCUUGAGGGACCUUCUACAGUCGUUUGUGUUGUAUUUUUGUACUUUUUAAUUAACUUACCAGUUACAUUUGCUAAAUGUACUUAUCAACUUGCCUCUAUACCUAUGUUUGCGUGAAAAACUUGAUUUUGAAAGUAUUGAAUGAAUAUCAUUGAGCAUCACCACCAUUAAUAAACUGUAUAGCCAAUGCUAAAUACAAAAUUUGAACUAAUUUGCAUAUGCCCACCCAGAAUCCUUUGCGGUAGUAACAUCACUGCAAAUUUGUGAUUUCUGUGGGAAAAGCAAGUCUUAUUGCUUGACGUGUGUGUGUGUGUGUGCGUGAGUGCGCACACUGCUCAAAAAAAAUAAAGUGAACACUUAAACAACACAAUGUAACUCCAAGUCAGUCACACUUCUGUGAAAUCAAACUGUCCACUUAGGAAGCAACACUGAGUGACAAUCAAUUUCACAUGCUGUUGUGCAAAUGGGAUAGACAACAGAUGGAAAUUAUAGGCAAUUAGCAAGACACCCCCAAUAAAGGAGUGGUCCUGCAGGCGGUGACCACUUCUCAGUUCCUAUGCUUCCUGGCUGACGUUUUGGUCAAUUUUGAAUGCUGGCGAUGCUUUCACUUUAGUGGUAGCAUGAGACGGGGUCUACAAACCACACAAGUGGCUCAGAUAGUGCUGCUCAUCCAGGAUGGCACAUCAAUGCGAGCUGUGGCAAGAAGGUUUGUUGUGUCUGUCAGCGUAGUGUCCAGAGCAUGGAGGCGCUACCAGGAGACAGGCCAGUACAUCAGGAGACGUGGUGGAGGCCGUAGGAGGGCAGCAACCCAGCAGCAAGACCGCUACCUCCGCCUUUGUGCAAGGAGGAAUAGGAGGAGCACUGCCAGCAGUCCACAAUUGUGCAUGUGUCUGCUCAAACGGUCAGAAACAGACUCCAUGAGGGUGAUAUGAGGGCCCGAAGUCCACAGGUGGGGGUUGUGCUUACAGCCCAAGACCGUGCAAGACGUUUGGCAUUUGCCAUAGAACACCAAGAUUGACAAAUUCGCCACUGGCGCCCUGUGCUCUUCACAGAUGAAAGCAGGUUCACACUGAGCACAUGUGACAGAGUCUGGCCAUGACGUGGAGAACGUUCUGCUGCCUGCAACAUGCUCCAGCUUGACCGGUUUGGCAGUGGGUCAGUAAUGGUGUGGGGUGGCAUUUUUUUGGGGAGCCGCACAGCCCUCCAUGUACUCGCCAGAGGUAGCCUGACUGCCAUUAGGUACCGAGAUGAGCUCCUCAGACCCCUUGUGAGACCAUAUGCUGGUGCGGUUGGCCCUGGAUUCCUCAUGUGGCUGGAGUGUGUCAGCAGUUCUGCAAGACGAAGGCAUUGAUGCUAUGGACUGGCCCGUCAGUUCCCCAGACCUGAAUCCAAUUGAGCACUUCUGGAACAUCAUGUCUCGCUCCAUCCACCAAUGUCACGUUGCAUCACAGACUGUCCAGGAGUUGGCAGAUGCUUUAGUCCAGCUCUGGGAGGAGAUCCCUCAGGAGACCAUCCGCCACCUCAUCAGGAGCAUGCACAGGCGUUGUAGGGAGGUCAUACAGACACGUGGAGGCCACACACACGACUGAGCCUCAUUUUGACUUGUUUUAAGGACAUUACAUCAAAGUUGGAUCAGCCUGUAAUGUGUUUUUCCACUUUAAUUUUGAGUGUGACUCCAAAUCCAGACCUCAAUGGGUUGAAAAUUUUGAUUUCCAUUUUUAAAUUUUUGUGUGAUAUUUGUUGUCAGCACAUUCAACUAUGUAAAGAACAAAGUAUUUCAGAAGGAUAUUUAAUUCAUUCAGAUCUAGGAUGUGUUAUUUUUGUGUGUGUGUAUGUGUGUAUAUGUAUAUGUGUGUGUGUAUGUAUGUGUAUAUAUAUAUAUAUAUAUAUAUAUAUAUAUACACACACAUACAUACACACACAUAUUCAAUACAAUGUUAAACAAAAAUCUGCACACCAGUCAAGCAAUAAGAUAUAUAUGUGGUAAAAGUAGAUGGUUGCACUCUCGGUCUUUAGGACUGAGAGUGCAGCCAUCUACUUUUACCACUUGAAUACUGGAGCCCUGGUUAUGCACUCUCUCUAUCACUUCUAAGAAACAGAAAUUGUAGAGAAAAAGGAUGCCUGUCAUUAAUUUUCAAAGACUGAAUCUCUAUCUGCAAGAAUAAAUAAAAUGGUAGUGAAACCCACAUCUUUACCAACCUUAUGGUAAGAUCUUAUUUCCUCUCGUGCCACCUUACAACUAAUCAGAUUGCAGACUUGCUCAGACAGUGUCAGACCAUACUCUAACCAACUAAACCAACUAACAUACAUGUUCAUUGCAAGAGCUGAAUUGUGGCUGAAAUUCUCACUCCUGCCACAUUAUCUAAAUUACCCUUUUUAUCUGUAAUAGUCUUUCACUGUAGUACUAAUAAGGCUACUAUUGGCAACCUGAUCAGCCUGCAUGCUUCAGUUUCAGUCAUGCAGAAUCCAUGCAGCACAUAAGAUGGCAUUUACUUUAAAAAUGCAUGCCGGUUUAUCCCAUGUUGUUGUAACUCCUUUGGGACUGGUGCUAUAAUCUUGCAAGUGAUGGUGUCCAAAAAUAGCCCCCACAGGCUGUCCCGGACAUCUGAUCACUGUGACACCAUGCCAAAGUAAUUGAAUGCCAAAUGCAAUCAAAAAUAGUUGGUGGUUCUGGGAGAUCCCAGUACAUGCAACAAUUGCUGCAUGUACCAGGCUUUUGUUGGAGGUCUCGAACACGAUUAGAUUAUUAUAAGCAAAGCUAUGAGAAAGUGGUUUUGUGUUGUAUUUUUCAAAUGUUCUUUAAUACUGUAAUUUAUUUGCAUCUUGUGCCCUGUAUACAUAGGGUACCAGAAUAAAUAUCUAUCUAUCUAAUCUUAAAAAAAAAAGUAUUUAAAACAUUUAAGUGUACAUAAAAGAAAGUGCUAAAUUAAUGUGUAACAAAAGUUCAUCCAAAAAAAAAAAUCAAAGUAGUUGCUAAUCUUAUCCUAAAAUAUUAAUUCAAGACUUUUCCCCAAACUUUUAUGUCCUACAUUACACAAACUGAUUACUUACUGCAUCUCAUUAAUUGACCUUUUUGUUCAUUUACGUUAUUUAAUUUGAAAAGUGAACAAAAGACAAAACAAUCACUCCAAUAUCGCAUAUAGAAAUAGCAGGCACAGAGUAAUGGUUAGUGUUAGAAAAGGCAAAUAGUGGAAAUAUAACUGCCCACUGUACAUCCCUACUGCCAAAUAAUUAUAAAAGACCUCCUCCCCACCUGCUGCUUCGAGGCAGACCCCCUAUUCCAAUCUAAAUAUAGAUAUCCGAAUCAAGGUACCAAAGAGUUGACACGCAUUAUAGUGCUAGGAACCCCAUUCUAAGAAGUGAGAAAUAAAAUAAAUAAAAGUGCAUCGGCGGGGGAGCAGAGCUUGCCUGCUGAAGCCGUUCCCGAAAACUGGGCCAAGUUGCGGGCCACACACCUAUAGCGACCUGGAUUGAUACCCACUUUGCUAAGCAGACGACAGUGCACACGGGGAUACAAUACACGACCCAGUGCAGCACCGAAUUUUGCUGUUCUAGGCUUGAGGCCUACCUGAGCUUGAGCUGGCUGCUCUCCCAGUUCUCCGACUGGCGCUUUGCUGUCCCCCCUCCCCUCUGGACCAGCGGGGGUUAUCCUGGUCCCCACUUGCAACCACCAGUAACCGCAGCCGCCUUCCAGCACCCGCUUUGACACAGAUACUGGAUGGGGCAGAAUACCCCAAUACGGCAGACAUGCUGCAGCCACGUGAACAGCAACCUGACAUGAACGCACUCAGUACAUAUGAGUUAACACUUCAGCGCCUGGAUGGGACUUUUCAACAAAUUCUGGGCCAAGCUAUAAGUCCACCUUGAAGCGCCAAGAGCUCCAGUUGAGGAGAGAAAACAGAGAGCAGAGGAAUGGGAGAAGAGCGGACUCCCCCUUGGUGUUCCUUCCACAACAGCGAUGCAGACUCACACACUUGGACCACCCGGGCUGAAGACCAACAGGGACAUACCCCAAGUGCAUCAGCCACAGCCGCAGGGGAUCCAAUGCCGCAGGCGGCAACAGUCCAUCAAGAUCCACCGCCGACCCCUGCAAUUAAAGGCCUCUUCUACGAGCAACCAAGUUCGUGGUACACAGGUGCAGGCCUUCAUGACGGCCUGGGGCUGUGGGGAGGGCUGAUCGGACUCUGCCUUAUGUUACCGCCCAACCCCCUCAGCCUGCCACCAAGCCGGGGCAUCGGCUUAUUCGAAAAUCCACAUUCCAAGUACCUGGAUGGUCGGUGGUCUGGCCAUCCAGGUACUUGAUACUCCACUAACCACGGCAGGCCAACCUACAUUUCUAUCCACCCAUAUGUUGUUACUUACUGCGAGCACUAUCCUAUCUUUGCCUAUUUCACCUGUCAACAUGCUUUAUACCUGCAUAUCUUUAAUUUUGUAGGCUUGAAACUGGGAGAAACAGCUUACGCUAUUACACCAGCUGCACACUGUCUGCUGUGUCACCGCCUAGCGUAGGUAUCCACCCUAAGCACAUACAUGGCCCUAGCACCUACCAGCUAUCCCAAAGCUCAUAGCGGAGCCACAGACAAACCCCAUAAACCCUAUGCACUCACCAUCACACCCAUCUCGGGGAGCCAAUGCCCAGUGCCUAGUUUAUGUAAAACACAAACAUCCAAAGGGAAGUGGACCCAGUGGUCUUACAAUCGAUUAACCCUAACCUGAGACGAAACCUAUAUAUUCUGCCUGACCUAUUUAACGCCUAAACUAAACUACUACAAGAGGCCCUCUUAACCACACUCAAGCACCUAGCUAUGCCAGAUACUUCACUAUUGAUUAGCAUUGAUCGAUAUUCUAGGCCUUCUUGUUAUUUCUUCUCUAUUCUUAAAAAAUAAAUGGCAUGCUCUAUCACAGUUACCUUAAUAAUGCAGUAAUGUGAUAUAUAAGGUGUGUGCAUGCAGACGUUGGUUCUAACAACCUUUAAAAGCAAGUGCAUCUCAGUUGGUGGUUUGCUCUUGAGAAAGGCCUGCUAUUUUCUAUAUGCGAUAUUCGAGUGAUUGUCUGUAAUGUUGUUAUUUAGUUGCUUGUUAUAGAUUGAUUAUCUUUUAAAUUGGCUGAGGUUUAAGUCUAUAGCCCCUUCUGGUGGCCGUAUAUACUGUGUACACUUAUUAUUUAUAUGUUAUUUAUCUAAUAACAUAAAAACCACAGGUGUUCUCUCUAAGUAACAUAUAUAUAUAUAUAUAUAUAUAUAUAUAUAUAAACAAAUCUGGUGUUUUACUCUGUGUAUUGAUUUAUGCCCUUCUGUUUAUGCAAUUUUUUUACUUAUGCAUUUUUAUUAUUCAUAGGUACUGCAGCACCUUACUACUGCUUUAGGGAUCGUAUUACAAGUCUUCAAUGGUUGCUUGUUUAAUGUAAUUACUUUCUAGCGACCUAAGAUCUUAUGUAGAUAUCCCAGUUUAACUCUAGAUUCCCCAUUCUUUUUAACUGCAUUAAGUAGUCCAUGAUUGGACUAUUUAAUUCACCUCACUUUUUUGUUGGGGGGGCACAUUGAACGUUUUGUAUUUCAUUUGUUCUCAAUUAUUAAUAAAGUUGUAUUUAUCCUUUGCUAUUACUGAGAAUGUUCUUUAAUUGGAGGUAAUUUCAAUGAGGUUAGGAUCCUCUUUCUAGGCACCUUUCCCCAUUUGUCUUUUGUUCAUUACUGUAUGCUCUGGGUUAAGCCCAUAUUACCUUCUCAAAACAUUUUUAGCAUCAGAGUAGUUUUUUUUCCUAUAUCUGGAUGUAUUUUAUGUUUCUUCUCAUUUGAAAAGUGAAUGUUGUGCUAUUAUAGAAUCUUUAUUGUACAUUUUAAUUUAGAAUCUUACCAAAUAUUUGGCUUGGAAGUUGUCCACGACAGUUAGAGCAUGUGACUAUCAAAAUGAAGCAUGAAUUGGGAAUAACGGCUGUACUGAACUUCCAAACCGAAUGGGAUAUCGUCCAUAAUUCCCGGGGAUGCAAUCCAUAUCCUGAUAGUAUGAGCCCUGAAACCAUGAUCAGGAUGUACAAAGAAGCAGGCCUGAAGUAUGUAUGGAUACCUACUGCAGAUAUGAGCACAGAAGGUAAAUAUGUAUUCCUUUUGCUGAAUUUUUUCUAACCCAACAAUCUAUAUGCUCUUUUAGUGGUGUACUAUUGUGAUAGAUUUUAAGUAAUUAAUACAGGGCUUGAAAAAUUUGUUUGGAAUCUAAGAGCCAGCUAAAAAAGUUAGGAGCCAGUCAUUUUCAAUGAGAAAAUGCAAUUCUUAAAGGGACACUGUAGUCACCAGAACCACUACAGCUUGAUGUAGUUGUUCUGGUGUCCAUAGCAGGCGUUUCAGUGUAAACACUGCUUUUUCUGUGAAAAGGCCAAGUUUACAUUUCUGCUUAGUAAAACCUCUAGUGACAGUCACUCAGACGGCCACUAUAGAGUCCUGGGUCACUGCUGCACCAAGUGCAGCACCCAGGUUCAGUGUCUCCAAGCUCUGCAUGGAGUCACUGAAUGUUCCUCAUAGAGAUUCAUUAAUUUAGUGCAGGCCUGUCCAACCUGCGGCCUCCCGGAUGUUGCUGAACUAAAACUCCCAUGAUUCCCUGGCUAUCUUUUUCAUUGAAAGACCCAUGGGAGUUGUAGUUCGGCAACAUCUGGGGGCCGCAGGUUGGACAGGCCUGAUUUAAUGCAUCUCUAUGAGGAGAUGUGGAUUGCUUUCCUAAGGUGAGCAAAAACACCUUCCUCAUGCGAUCGGAGGGGGCAAGUACCUAAACGCACACACACUCUGACAGGCUCUCACACACACACACUCUGACAAGCUCACAUACACAAUCACUCAGACAACAGGCUUGCCCACACAAGCUCUUGACUGGCACACACACACUCUUGACAGGCACACACACACUCUUGACAGGCACGCACACACUCUGACAGGCACGCACACACAAACUCUGACACGUGCUCACACAUACUCUCUUGAAAGGCUCUCGCUCUCUCACACACACAUACAGAAACUCUGACAGGCUCUCUCUCUCACACACACUCUGACAGGCUCACUCAGGCACACACACACACACACACACACACACACACAUACACUCUCUCUCUCUGACAGGCUCACACACACUCUGACAGACUCGCACACACAAACUCUGACAGGUGCUCACACACACUCUCUUGAAAGGCUCUCGCACGCUCACACACACAUACAGACACUCUGACAGGCGCUCUCUCACACACACACAUACACACACUGACAGGCUCGCUCAGGCACACACACUCACACUCUCACUCACUCUCUCUCUCUCUGACAGGCUCACACACACUCUGACAGGCUCACAUACACUUACAUUUUUGAUUUAAUUGAAACCCACUCAGCCUCCGUACCUUUGGUAGAGCUGAGUGGGUCUUUCCUGGGGUCCAGUUGGGCUGCUCUCUUCCUUUGUGCGAAGGAGCAGUACUCUGCCUGUAGCUUAUCUCUGCUCCCUCUGUAAUGAUGCCGGAGCCAGAACUACGUGAUAUUCUGGCAUCAUUAGACAGCGCGAGGGAGCAGAGAGCAGCUGCAAGCACAGUACUGCUCCCUCGCCCGCCGCCCACAAUGCUCCUGUGGGCGGGCAGCUGCCUCCAUGCUCCUCAGGGUGGGUGGCCCCCUCCAUGCUCCUCAGAGCAGACGGCCCCAUCCAUGCUCCUCAGGGCGGGCGGCCACCUCCAUGCUCCUCAGGGCGGGCGGCCACCUCCAUGCUCCUCAGGGCGGGCGGCCCCAUCCAUGCUCCUCAGGGCAGACGGCCUCACCCAUGCUCCUCAGGGCAGGUGGCCCCAUCCAUGCUCCUCAGGGCGGCCACCUCCAAUAUUCACCGUGACGGCCGCCAUCAAAGCUCCCUCGGCGGCCACACUAACUAGAGAGCUGGCAAAUCCCAGGCACCAGGGCGAAAUUUUCAGUUGCCGUGGCGGCCUGGCGGCCUGGCGCCUGGGAUUUGUCGAGCCCUGAAUUAAUAAAUAUAUUUUUAGUAAGAGAAGCAAGCACAGAAGAUUAUUUUAAUGUAGACUUUAGAAUGUUUGUAAAAUGCUUUGGUGAAAAAGUCCACAACAUAUUCCACAGCGCUGUACAAUAAGUGGACUAACUAACAAGUAGUUGCAACAAGACCUAUUACAUAUAAGUAAAAAUUAAUGGAGCAGUGCAAAAGAAAAAGAAAAGCAGGAGAGAGAGAGAGAGAGGAAAAAAAAAACAGGUGUGGAAGGGAAAGGGGUGGAACUAUGAGGGAGAAAAGUCCUAUUAGGAAAAUACCUCUAACCUAAGUAUGUGGGAAAAUAUACAGAAAAAAAGAGGACUGUGCUUUCCCUAAAAUAGGGAUACCUUCUUGUUAAUAAAUAUUUGAACAACUAAGCUGCGUGUCACAACCAACUACAAAAAGUAUUGAACUUUUUAUAUAAAGAUAACAACCAACCAAUAAAGGUUAAACAUAUAAUUUAGUGCUCCUUGUAUAACUAAAAGGCUAUUCUUUAUAGCAAUGUUUGCAAUUCCUGUUAAUAUUCUUUUCAAAAAAAUACAUUUAAAACUGAUAGCUUUUUAUAUAUACACAAGGAUCAAUAAAUUAUAUUUUUAUCUUCAUACAAAAAGUUCAAUAUUUUUUGUAGGGGAUUGUAAGACCUAUUACAUGUAUAGGAUCAGAAGGUCUCCACAAGGAACCUGUUCAACGAGCUCACAUUCUGAGGGGUCAGGGUUGGACAAGGUGGUCUAAAAACAUUUUCCGAUAAUUUAGGUAUUGAAGUUAUCCCCAGCAUAUGAACGUUUGCAAAUUAGUGCUGUUCAGAUAAUAAUUUCAUAGUUUAACGUAAAUGUUGAUUGUUACAUUUGGUAAUCCUGCAGCACAAACAAAUUAGAGGGACACUAUAGUCAGAACAGCUGCAGCUUAUUGUAUUCGUUCUGAUGUGUAUAGUAUGUCCCCGCAGGCUUUUUAAUGUAAACACUGCCUUUUCACAUUGCUGCCUGGGAACACCUAUAGUGGCAUUCACGCUCUGUAUGGCACUAAAACGUUACUCACAGAUGCAUUGUUUGUAUUCCUGACACUAGAGUGUUCCUUUAAGUCCACUGUACAGUGCUGCAUAAUAUUUUAAUACCUUAGAAAUUAUAGUACUAAGAAAUAGAAUGAGAGAUAAAUUGCUUAAUGUAAUGCUUUCUGACUUCCUAAGUGUAUAUUUUGGCUUUGCAAAUUAUACGUUGUCAAACUCCAACCUUGGUUCUGAUUUGGUUAAAAAAAAAAAACAACUGCCUGUGAAAUACAGUUAAUUAUAAAAAAACAAAAAAAAACAACAAGUAGUAAAAGCAUAAAUUUCAAAUAAAUUAAAAGGAUAUAUAGCCUCUUAUGCCCCCUGUGUCACAUGAAGAAUAACGUAAUAAUUUAUAAUCUCAUCUAAAGGUGUUAUUUCAUAUUUCUUCACUAUACUCCUGUCUCUACACUAUUAGUCUCUACACUAAUUAGUACUUAAAGGAGCACUAUAGGGUCAAGAACACAAACAUGUAUUCCUGACUCUAUAGGGUUAAAACCACCAUCUAGCCACCCUGAUCCCCUCUCCCUAAAUAUAGUAAAAUCUUCCUUGUAUUCAAGUCUGGACCUGCUUACUUAGUCCCUGUUUCCUUUAGACCUGCCCACUGCCUGUUGACAUCAUUAGAAGUGGUAGAUUGAUCCAAUCACAGUGCUUACCCAUAGGAUUGGCUGAGACUGACGAAGAGGCAGAUCAGGGACAGAGCCAGCACAAUUCAAACACAGCCUUGGUCAAUCAGAAUAUCCUCAUAGAGAUGACUUGAAUCAACGAAUCUCUAUGAGGAAAGUUCAGUGUCUGCAUGCAGGCAGCCAUGACCCAGGAAGGAUCUCUAACAGCCAUCUGAGGAGUGGCCAGUGAAGUUAUCACUAGGCUGUAAUGUAAACACUGCAUUUUCUCCGAAAAGACAGUGUUUACAGCAAAAAGCCUGAAGGUAAUGAUUCUACUCACCAGAACAAAUUCAAUAAGCUGUAGUUGUUCUGGUGACUAUAGUGUCCCUUUAAACUGUCCUUUCAGUGAAUCUCCUAUGACCACUUCAGCCCACUGAAUAUAGUGCUAGUACACUAUGGUUGCCACUCCCCAUUUUGUAAACCAUUUUAGGGCAUUAGCUGAUUAGCUCAGCCUACCACUGUUUUACAAAUAUUCACAAAACAAUAUUGCCAAUUAGCAUGUGCAGAUUUCACCACAAAUGCCUGUGGGACAGCGCCCAUAGCCUAAAAGCACCAUAACUUCUACAACCAGUAUAGUUUUUAGAAUCCGUUAGUAAAAAUCUUUUUUAACCCUUUAUGUACCAAAGGAAGUGGAGGGGCGUGAGGGAGCAUGUGACCAGAGGGCACUAUAGUGUUAGAAAUACAUAUUUGUAUUUCUAACACUAUAAAAUCCCUUUUAAACCAUAUGAGAAUAUUUUAACCACUACAUUAAGCUGUUGUGGUUCUGGUGAUUAUAAUGGCCCUUAUGUGAGAUAAAUGAGAGAUUAGUGCCACUAAUAAUAUACUGGAUUGCCUACUUACCACCAGAUGAGGACAAUAGGGUGAUGGGCUCAGGUUGCAGUAUGGCUCCUUUGGUCUGGUGUACAUGAGGAUCUCUGGAGACUGUUUGAAACAGUGCUCACUAAAAUCAACGAACAGGAAGCAGCUUUAUUUUUUGGGGCCCUUUACACAGCUGAAGGUCUGGGCCACAGGGCCUGACCGUGAGUAUGCCUACAAGCCCGCCCAUAAGUCCACCUGCAUGGCCCACCCAUGAGUUCGCUCACAGGGAGUGGAGUGCAUGUGUGUAGGGGAUGUGUUAUGUGUUAUUGUAGACUAGAGGAUGUAAUGUGUGUGUGUUCUUAUGUAAUGUAGUGUAUAGGGAUACCAAUUUGUGUAAGGGAUGUGUAUAGGGGAUGCAGUGUGUAAGGAAUGCAUUGUGUGUUUCUGGGUGUGUGUUUAAGGGUUGCAAAGUGUGUUUCUGUGUAUGUUAUGUAAUGCAGUGUGUGUCUGUAAGGGGUGCAUUGAGUGUGUGUAAGAAAUGCAUUUUGUUUCUAGUGCGUAAGGGAUGCACUGUGUGUUAUGGUGUGUCUGUGUGUGAGUAGGGAUGCAUUGUAUGUUUCUGUGUGUGUGUGUGUGUAGGGAUGCAUUGUAUGUUUCUGUGUGUGUGUGUGUGUGUGUGUGUGUGUGUAGGGAUGCAUUGUAUGUUUCUGUGUGUGUGUAGGGAUGCAUUGUGUAUUUCUGUGUAUGUGUAAGGAUGCAUUGUGUGUGUGUGUAAUUUGAAAGAGAGGGUUUGUGGGGUAGGAUAGGGGUUGAGAGGGGAGCAGCUCUUUAUUAUUAUUUUUUUGUGCUCUCCCCUUCCCUCCUGUCCCUCAGUGCUCUCCCCCUUGCUCCUGUCCCUCAGUGCUCUCCCUUGGCCCCCUGUCCCUUAGUGCUCUGCCCACCUGUCUCUGAGAGCUUCCUCCUCCUGUCCCUUAGUGAUCUCCCCUAUCCCUCUGUCCCUUAGUGAUCUCUCCUCCCCUCCCUUAGUGAUCUCUCCUCCCCUCCCUUAGAGCUGUCCGCUCCGUCCUUGGAGAUCUCCUCUGCCCCAUGUACCUUAGUGGUCUCUCCCUUCUCUUUCCUGUCCCUCAGUGUUCCUCUCCCCUCCCUGUCCCUUAGUGGUUUUCCCACCGCUCCCUCCUAAGUGGUUCUCUCCCUCCUCCCCCCCAAGUGGUCCUCUCCCUCUUCCCCCCCUUAGUGGCACUCGUCUCGCCCAACCCCUUAGUUACCCUCUCACUCUCCCCUCAGUGGUCCUCGCACCUACCCCCUCAGUGGUCCUUCCUCCCUCCUCCACCCCCUUAGUGGUCCUCCCUCUCCACACCCUUAGUGGUCCUCCCUCUCCACACCCUUAGUGGUCCUCUCCCUCCUCCCCUUAAUAGUCCUCUCCUUGGUGGUCCUCAUCUCUCCCACCCCUUAGUGGCCCUCUCACUCCCCUUAGUGGUUCUUGCCCCUACCCCUCUUAGUUGUCCUUCCUCCCUACCCCACCCCCUUAGUGGUCCUCCCUCUCCACCCCCUUAGUGGUCCUCCCUCUCCACUCCCCUACCCCUUGGUGGUCCUCCCUCUCCCCCCUACCCCUAAGCUCCUAAGUGGUCCUCCCUCUUCCCCAAUCCCUUAGUUGCCCUCUCCCUUAGUGGUUCUCACCCCUACCCCCCUUAGUGAUCCUUCCUCCCCCCCACCCCUUUAGUGGUCCUCCCUCUCCACGUCCUAAGUGGUCCUCCCUCCCCCCCCCCACCCCUAAGCCCCUUAGUGGUUCUCCCUCUCCCCCAACCCCAUAGUGAUGUGUGUGUGUGUCCCCUCAAAACCCUUAGUGGUCCUCCCCCCCCAUCUUAGUGGUCCUCCCUCCCCCCUUGUGUUACCCUCCCUGUUGUGCCUCCUACCUACCUUUGUAGCGUGGCCAGGUGUCGCAGACCGCGGUACAGGAGCUUCUGUUUCCUGUACCUGGCCGGACUGAAAGGAAGAGCUCUCUCAGUGAGCACUUGAUGUCAGUCUGGCCGGGUACAGGAAACCGAUGUUCCUGUACCGCGGUCCGCACCGACUGGCUACGCUACACUGAGUGACCGGUAGGAGGGAGUGCUGUGCGCUACCCUCCUGCCGGUCACUCAAAUAUGGUGCGCCCUAGGCAACUGCCUAAGUCGCCUAUAGGAGGCGCCGGCCCUGCUCCUGUCACUAUAACAACUUAAUUUCGAUGAAGUUAUUAUGGUGCCCAGAUUGUUUAUUUAACUUCAGCAGUAGUCCCAAAGCAAUGCAAAAUUAUUUAACAUGAAUUUUGUGAUCCUAGAAAAGCUCAAAGUUUAGGAAAGACUAUUACAAUUCUUUUGAUCAAAAAUCUAGGAAAUAAGUUCACCAAAAGUUAUAAGCUUGUAAUUAAACACAAAUGCUUGCACAUGUUUAGAGAAGUACAGAUAAAAAUUGAAAAAGUCAUUUGAAAAUAACAAAGUACAGUUUUUCUGAAAUACAUUUCUUUGUUUUUUGAAAAUAUUCCUACAGUAGCUCAGAAUAAAACGAUUUAGUGAGCUUGUCUAUAAAUGUUUUGUAAAAUAAAUUUUGUAAAUAUGUCUAAAAUAAUAUUUCUAUUUUUAGCCAGAAUACAGAUGAUACCGCAAGCUGUAUACCUGCUGUUUGGACUAUUAGAAAAUGGGCACACAGUCUACGUACAUUGUAAUGCUGGCGUUGGCAGGUCUACCGCAGCAGUGUGUGGUUUUCUCAUGUAUGUUAUUGGUUGGAGUCUGCGCAAGGCACAAUAUUUUCUUGCUUCAAGAAGACCUGCUGUCUACAUAGACAAAGUAGCUAUGAUAGCAGCAGCAGAAGACUUUCAUCAGAAGUUUGGUCAUGUUCGUUCCAGUGUGUGCAGAAUAUGA